AUGGGCAGGCACACACGCAGGAACACAUGCACGCCUAUAGGAACUUACACGUGCACACAAGCCUAUGUGCACGCCUACAUGCAUGCACACAUGCACACGCACAUAGAUGUACACGUGCACGUGCAAAAAUGCAUGCGUGCAAGCAGGCACAUACACACAGGCAUCUGGUGGCUGCUGGUGGGGCUCUGUGUCCUCGUCCCCCCCCCAACCUCCCAGGGGGGACCCGAGGAGGUGACACCCAGCGUCAGGACGGAGGAGUUGGGGCACCAGGAUGGGGACCCCCCCCCGGACCCCCAGCGCUGCGGCAUCACCUUCCACACCCCCAGCCCCUGCAGCCCCCGCGGGCUGCCCUCCUCCUCCUCCUCUGCCUCUCGCCGUGAGCUGGAUCAUCUCAAGAACCUCUUGCAGGACACCAAGGCCAGCCUGAGGGAGGUGGAGGAGGCGGCCACCCAAGAGGACAACGGGACCCGCUACCAGGACAUCAUCACCGAGGCGCUGCCCGCCAUCCGCGGGGCCAACCUGGAAUUCCAGGAGAGCCUGGACAACGUCCGCAGGGAGCUGGAGGCUCACGUGGCCAAGGUGGACCACCCGCGGACGGCCGAGAAGAAGGAGAAGCUGUGGAAGGGGGUUCGCGUGGUGGCCCACAUGCUACGUCUCACCAGCCACCUGGCCCAGACCCUGGAUGCCACCUCCCACCGCCUCCACGCGGAGCUGAGCCAGCGCCUGCAGAGCUCGGCCACCCGGGUCACCGCUGCCACCGCCCAGCCCUAGGACAGCGGGGACAGGCCCCACUGCCACCCCACGCCUGGCCCCGCUUGCUGGUAGGACCCCAACACACCUCCUCAUCCUGGCUUUUGGGGGGUCCCGGCUCCUCUACCUGAUGCCCAGGGUUGAGACUUAGACCAUAUGGGGGGGGACAACAAGACUUGGGCUGGGGCUGGAGCUGGCAGUGCCAUGGGGGGACGGGAGGGUGAUGGCAUCGAACACGUCAUGCCAUCGAACAUGUGAUGCCAUCGAACAUGUGAUGCCAUCGAACAUGUCAUGCCAUGUCAUGCCAUCGCACGUGCAAUGCCAUCACACACACGAUGCCAUCGCACAGGUGGUGCCAUGGAACACGUGAUGCCAUCGCACGUGUGAUAGUGUCACACACAUGAUGCCAUUCCAGAUGUGAUGCCAUCACACACACAAUGUCACUGCACAAGUAAUGCCAUUGCACACAUGAUGCCAUCACACAUGCAAUUCCAUCAUGCACACGAUGCCAUCACACACGUGAUGCCAUUGCACAUGUGAUGCCAUCACACGCAAGAUGCCAUCACACAUGCAAUUCCAUUGCGCGUGCGAUACCAUUGCACACACAAUGCCAUUGCACGUGAUGCCAUUGCACACGUGAUACCAUCAUGGAGACAAUGCCCUCGCACACACAUGAUGCCGUUACACACGCAAUGCCCACCCACACGCGUGAUGUGCCAUUGCACAUGCAAAGCCAUUGCACCUGUGAUGCCAUUGCACACGUGAUGCUGUCAUACACAUGAUGCCACCACGUGCACUAUGCCAUUGCACAUGUGAUGCCAUCACACACACGAUGCCAUCACGCACACGAUGCCAUCACACAUGCAAUACCAUCAUGCACAUGAUGACAUUACACAUGUGAUACCAUCACACACGUGAUGCCAUCGCACACACAAUGCUGUCGCACACGCGAUACCAUUGCCCAUGCGAAGCCAUUGCUCAUGUGAUGCCAUCACACACAUGAUGCCACCACAUGCACUAUGCCAUUGCACACACGAUGCCAUCACACACGUGAUGCCAUUACACAUGAUGCCAUCACACGUGACGCCAUCACACACACAUGAUGCCAUCACCCACACGAUGCCCAUAACCCCAGGCAGUGCUCUAUACCCUAACCCCACAGCUCUACCAUCACACAGCAGCCCCUGGUGCCACCGCUUGUGCCCAGCCCCGUGCCCGGGGGGGUGCCCCAUCCUUCCCACCCCCAGCACCCCCCUGCACCCCUUCCCUCCUCCCGGGAAGAGCUUUUUUUCCCGGGGGGGCUCCCUUUUUCCGCCGCUAACCCCGAGUGCCGACAGCUUUGCCGCCCCCGAAGGGAUGAACUGGGCUCCUGGGGCUCCCCUGAGGGUUUCAAAAAUGAACCCCCAACAAACGAACCCCGGCCCCAUCCCGCCGGGGGGGCCAGCACCAUCACCACCCAGCCCCCCCUUCAUCCUUCACCCUUGGGAGCACCUUGUCCGGGCUUGGAAGAGCCCUUUUUGCCCCAUCCUGGGGUGGUAAAAGCAGAGGCUGGGUCUGGAGUUUGGGUCCCCUCCCCAGGGUGGGCAGGGUGGAGGGGCUGGGGGUGCCCGGGGGCAAACAAACCCCCCCAGUGACAAUAAAUCAAAGCUGGUGACUCCAGAGCUCCCAACCACAGCGAGGUCUGGGGAGGGAAAACCAACUGGAAGCUGGAAUUCCUUGUGGGGCUGGAAGCCCAGCGGUCCUCCCCUGGGAUUUUGGGGGGACACUGGCUGGAGGGAAUGGCCAGGGGCACCCCCGU